AACUCACCAUACCAUCGAGUGAUCGAUGCCGCCUCGUCUCGCCGUCGCCCAGUCCAGCCUCCUCUACCGCCUCCGCGGCUGCAGGUCCGCCUCCCACGCGCUCCAGUGCCACGCGCUCCUCCUCACCUCCGGCCGCCUCCUCGCCUCCCCUGUCCGCCUCUCCAACCUCCUCCUCCUCGCCCUCGCAUCCGUCCCCGCACCCACCGCGCACGCCCACGCCGACGCGGUCUUCGCGCGCCUCCCGGAGCUCGUCGCCCGCCACCCGUUCCCCUGGAACACCCUCAUCCGCGCCCACGCCCACGCGAGCCCUCGAAAAGCGCUCCUAUACUACGCGCGCAUGCGCCGGGGCGGCGUGACGCCCGACGCCUACACCUUCCCCGCCUCCCUCAAGGCCUGCGGCUGCGCUCCCGGCUGUAGGGUCGGGCUCCUGGUGCACGCCGAGGCCGUGAGGAGGGGGCUGGGUGGAGACCUGUACACGGCGAACGCUCUCAUCAGCUUCUACUGUAGGAUCCGGGACUGCCGUUCGGGGAGGAAGGUGUUCGAUGAGAUUGGCGGCGGCGUGCGGGACCUCGUCUCGUGGAACUCUAUGGUCUCUGGGUACGUCGCGUGCGGGGAGAUGGAUCUCGCUCAGGAGCUGUUCGAUGAAACGCCCCAGAGGGACGCGUUUUCCUGGGCCACCAUGAUCGAUGGGUAUGGGAAGCAGGCUGGUGGUGUGGACCGUGCACGCGAGCUAUUUGAUCAAAUGCCGUGUAGGGAUUUGGUCUGCUGGAACUCUAUGAUUGAUGGUUAUGCCAGGCAUGGAAGGAUGGAUGAGGCGAGGGCACUAUUUGAGGAAAUGCCGCAGAGGAACGUGAUCUCGUGGAGUGUUGUCAUCGAUGGGUAUGUCAGGUGUGGGGAGGCGAAGGAGGCUUUGGAGUAUUUUCAGAGUAUGCUAAGGUGUGGAGUAAGGCCUGAUAGAGUCGCUGCAGUUGGGGCAGUCACGGCUUGUGCUCAAUUAGGCGCUAUGGAGCAAGGCAGAUGGCUGCACUCUUACUUGGAGAAGAAGAAGGUGUUGUUCGAUGUUGUGGUGCAGACAGCUUUGAUAGAUAUGUACAUGAAAUGUGGGCGUUUGGACCUCGCCAUGAUGAUCUUUGAAAGCAUGGCUGAGAAGAGUGUGGUCACUUGGAAUGUGAUGAUCGUUGGACUUGGAACUCAUGGUUACGGUCUGGAUGCCGUCAUGCUUUUCCAUCGAAUGGAAGCUGAAGCAGCACCCAUGGAUGAUCUUAGCGUACUUGCCGUGCUGACUGCUUGCACGCAUGCUGGGUUGGUCUCGGAGGGUUUAGGGAUAUUUCACAGAAUGAGGAAGGAUUUCGGGAUAGAUCCCAAGGUAGAACAUUAUGGUGCAUUGGUUGAUCUCCUUGGCCGCUCUGGACGCUUGGAUCAGGCUAGGCAUGCUAUAGAGACAAUGCCCAUGGAACCAACUCCAGAAUUGUGGGGAUCUCUUCUUGCUGCCUGCCGAAGCCAUAGGUGUGUUGAGCUGGCUGAACUAUCAGUUGAACGUCUUGCAAAUCUUGGAGCUGAUGACUCUGGAGUCUAUGUUCUUCUGUCAAAUAUCUAUGCUGAUGAAGGGAUGUGGGAGGAUGUUUUGAAGAUUAGGAAAUUGAUGAGUGCUGAAGGGAUGAAAAAGGAUAUUGGACGGAGUGUGAUUGAAGUGGAUGGAGAAAUACAUGAGUUUGUGAACGGAGGUAGUUCACAUCUUUGUAAGGAUGAAAUAUACUCAACGCUGUGGAGUUUGUCUAACACAGCAGCAUCUACUUGAUUGCUCUUUUGUGCACUAAAUUUGCUUAAUCCUUCAUCACAAUGUCUGUUGACUUAACAUUCUUGACAUGAGACACUAUAGCGUUGGAGGUGGAAGUUGUAAACUCGACAUUUCCCAAUCUUUCUUCCUGAAGCUGCUCGGCAUAAUGAGUAUUUUGUAAAUGAACAUGAAGUUUUUCUUGGAUCUACUUCCUAAAUGACUUUGGAGGUGGCAAUUUGAUUGAAAAUUGCAUCUGAUAGUUCAGAGCCCUGAUGGAAGCAGGCUACUUCUCAAGCUUCGACUUUCACCAACCCAAGCAGGUGCUGAGUUAAAACAUCACUGGAUCGAUUGAUGGUUUCAAAACAUGGAGAUCUUGAAUAUCCAUGAGUAGUCCAUUUUAUUCAUUUUUCUUGACUUACUUGCAUGGUGGUGAAUAAUUUAAAGUUUCAGAUUCACGAGCAAGAAACCUGUGAAUGAACUAGGAAGCUUUGUAUUUGAGGCUGCAGUUUUUUUACUCCUUUUAGUCAGUUUUAAAGGCUACACUACUAACUGUUUGGACCGGCCACUUGCUAAUUAUGGGACUAAAACUGGUUUGAGGGCGAACAAGUUUGGUAUUGAGAAGUUCCUGCAUCCCUGUUGCAUUGCUCUCUACAUCAGAAUGACGAUACAUGAAGUUGAAGUUAAGAAUGAAGACUGAAGCCUUCAAGAUUGAGAUCUGCAAGAUCCUGAAGCAUUUGAAACUACAGUAAGAAUAAGAGGUGAUUGUUACUGUGGAAGGAGGAGUGGCACGAAAACCCAGAAGAACUGACGGUGCUUAGAAUGGAGAAGAUAUUGUGUCCCGCAAGGAAAGAAAGAUAAGAUGCUGUGGAUCUUCUGGUGAAACAGAAGAACAUUUACAGCAUCUAUUCACCUUAAAGUUUUAGCACAGAUGGAGGCCAACAGUCUCAGCAUAUCGAGCCUAGCGUUCAAGCAGACAAGUUCAUAUCGAGAACCAUGACAUAUUGAAAGAGGGACAAUUAUUUGCACCAGACGCAGAAUAUCAAACGGUGGAUAUAGUACAUAAAAUUUAAGCAGGAAAGGGUAACCUUAUUCAGUAAGAGAAGAUGCUUGAAAGAAGGCAACGAAAGGAAAAGCUCUGUUAUGCUGUAUCAUUUCUGAACAUGUAAAAGUGCACGAAUGCCAGGGAAGGGUAGAAGGGUGAGUAGCAGCAGAGCUGUCCCAUCCUUGGAUCCUGCGUUUCUGCGUGCCUAGCUCUUGUUUUGUUCACCGUUGUCAUUCUGCUCCUGCGACCUCAAGGCAUGGGCUGCAUCUGGAUUUUGAUAUCAGAGCCGUACCAUGUACGGUCUGGUGAUUUCUCGUAGACAGUAAUUGUUGGAAGCUCUGGAUCUGCGAUGCAUUUGUUCUACUCUUUAUUUGGUUCUCGCUUUGGUGGAGACGUUGGCCGUGGAUAUGAGAGCAGGGUUCAGCUGUUGUUGCUCUCAGUUUCAGAGCUGGUACCACGGGGAGAUGCUGAUAGUCACGAGACCGUAACCGGGUCAAAGUUUGAUCAAAUGGAUUUGAUUCGUAACCAUGCAAGCCGACACCAGUAGGCUGCAUGCUUGUCGGGUGUAUGGGCAGGAGAUAUUGGCAACAACGGAAGCAUACAGCAGGUAAAAAUCCGUACAUGUAACAACUUACCGAAAUUAUUUUUCACUAGCUGAGCGCAUUGUAGGUAUUUUUUUUUUUUGUUGCGAAAGUAGGUAUCUGCAUUCUGCUCCAUUUGUUUGAUUGUGCAUGUCGGUCGCGAAAUGGUUAAGUGCUGCACCGGUCGAAUCAUAAAAAGGAAAACUGUUCAAAAUUACGCAAUUUUCAUGAAACAUAUG